AAAACUGUUAAUAUUUAUAGAAGCUAAACAAACAGUAAUAUCUAGAUACAGUACUAUAUUAUCUAAAAUUGUAACACUAGUUUCAAUUUAAACUAUAUUAUGUGGAUAGUUAUCCGGUAGACGUGAAUCGAAUGAUAUGUCAAAAUAAGUAAACGACAACAAAGUGGAAGUGAAAAUAGAAUUUAGUGAAUAUUUUUGUUAAAAUGACUUAAACAGUAUAUCAGGAUGGUGCAGAAGUAUCAGUCACCAGUCAGGGUAUAUAAACACCCGUUUGAACUGGUCGUGGCGGCAUAUGAGAAGAGAUUUCCGACAUGUAAGAUGAUUCCAGUGUUUCUUGGAUCAGAUACAAUAUCGGAAUGGACAAGUGAAGAUGAAUCUCAACAUGAUAUUGAGAGGAGAUGUCGCCUGAAUGUUGAUGCACCUUACCUUCUCAAAAAGAUUGUUGGAGUAGACCAUGUGGUAUUCAUCCAAAAGAACGCACUGGACCGUAAAGCUCGUACCUUAACCAUAGAUGCCCAUAAUGAAAGUUUCUCUUCAAGAAUUAUAAUUAACGAGCAUUGUUUUUACUCUGUUCACCCUGAAAAUCCAUCAUGGACAUGUUUUGAACAAAGUGCUAGUCUGGACAUAAAACAUUUCUUCAACUUCGAGAGUACUGUUGAAAAAAUUGCUAUGAAACAGUAUGCUGCUAAUAUCAAAAAGGGCAAAGAAGUAAUAGAGUACUACAUUCAGGAACUAAUAACAGAAGGUACAUCUUUUAUAAAACCCUGGACCCCUAAAAUUGAGGACACACCCUCACAGGACAGUGGUCUAAGGAGUCGGUCUAACAGUCAACACAGCAAUAGCAGCCAAUCUAGUCUAGUCUUAGGAGCCACUGCUGCCACCAUGCAUGAGAAGUCUCCUGUUUCUGAAGGUGCUCAUUCUCCAGAUCUUGCUGGUGGGAAACUGGAAGAUGUUUACAUUGAACGUUUUCUUGGUAACCUAACUCCAGUACAAGAGAAUAGUCUUGUUCAACUACGCCAACUCCUGCAGACUACUCAUAAAGGAAAGAUUCCAAAGGAUGCCCAUAUUUUACGUUUCCUACGUGCUAGAGAUUUCCACAGAGAAAGGGCAAGGGAGAUGCUUGUUCAUUCCAUGGCUUGGAGAAAGCUCCACAAUGUUGACGGUUUAUUAGAAUCAUAUCAAGCUAGUGAAGUUAUAGACCAGUACUAUACUGGAGGCUGGCAUUACUGUGAUAAAGAUGGCAGACCAUUGUAUGUAUUGAAGUUAGGACAGAUGGAUGUUAAGGGUCUGAUUAGGAGUGUUGGAGAGGAAGCAAUACUAAAACAUGUUUUGAGUGUGAAUGAAGAGGGUUUGAGGAGAUGUGAUCAGGCAACACAAAUCACAGGAUAUCCAGUGUCAGGAUGUACCUGUAUUGUUGAUUUGGAAGGUUUGAGCAUGCGACAUCUUUGGCGACCAGGAGUCAGAACAUUGCUACGCAUUAUUGAAGUUGUAGAAGCUAAUUAUCCAGAGACAAUGAACAAAUUAUUGAUAGUUAGAGCUCCAAGAGUGUUUCCUGUAUUAUGGACAUUAAUAAGUCCAUUCAUUGAUGAAAAUACGAGGCAAAAAUUCAUGAUAUAUGGUGGGAAAGAUUAUCAAGGAGCAGGAGGAUUGAUAGAAUUCAUUGAUAAAAAAUAUAUACCAGAUUUUCUGGAUGGAGAUUGCUAUUGUGAUGUACCUGAAGGAGGAUUAGUGCCAAAAGCUUUAUAUAAAGAAGAAUACUCAGAUAAAUCUCCCGAGGGUCCCCCACUUAGUAUUGACAGCCUUUAUCAAACAAGUUAUGUUGUAAAGGAUUUUUGUCAUGAAGUAUUAAUAAAUGUACCACAGCGAGGAUCUGUUAUCACGUGGGACUUUGACAUUCUUAAAGGGGACGUAACUUUUACUGUGAUUCGUUAUAAAUAUGGAACACUUCCCGCAGAACCAUAUCAUCAACAUCAUGUCCAAAGUGCAAUGGGUGGAAUAGGAUCUGUACAGUAUAUAGACAAAACUAUGCAGGUUGGAAAAGAUCUGACAAUUGUUGAAGCUCCACAUAUAUGCAGGGAUGGAGAUAGUGUUCAGGGUUCGAUCGUAACAAAUCAAGCUGGUAGUUAUAUACUGCAAUGGAAGUACUUUGACUCCAGUAAAGCUGCUUUUGAUUUUCCAUUAGCUUCACACAAGUCCAAAGUUAUGUACCAUACAGAUGUACUCAAGUCGGAAGCAUUUAGAGGAUCAAUGAGCAGUCUACAGUCAUGUCAUAGUGGAUUUUCCUCCUUGAGUUUAAGUACUUCACAGAGUACAGGGAGCUUAAACGCCAAUAAUCCUAACAGAGAUCAUAAUACAUCAUAAAGACUAAGAAGAUAACGAAGACUAAAUAUAACUUUCAAGAGGAACUCUGAAUCAAACACCCAGAUAACUGUGAUCAUUCCUUUGGAACAACAGAGCUUCCAUAACAGCCAGGAUAAAAAGAUUUGCAAUUUGUUUUAUUGAUUGAGAACAAAUUUUUCUACUAACAGUUUGAAAAAAAAAUAGUGAUUUUUUUUGGUGUGAUGAAAAAUAUUGUGUGCAGUUACAAGACAUUUAAAAUUGGUUUAUCAAUUCACUGUUUCUGAAUCUAAUGGACUAUGGGUAAUUUCAUUAUGUGUACACCAAAACAAAAAUAACAUCACAUUACUGGUUGAAUUUCCAUUGUUUAAGAUGUUGUUAGCCAAUCACAACAUUUUGGUGUACACUUUUGAAAAUAUUACCCAGAAUGCAUUUGAAACUGUAACAGCAAAUUCAAAACGAAGAAAAGGGGUUACAUUGAUAUUUUUUAUUGAUCUUAAUAUUCUGAGAGAAUUAGAUAAAAAAAGAUUUUUUUUUAGGACAAUUGGAGUGGAGUUACAGAAAGUUUAAUUUUAAUUAUCUUACAUAUUUAUCAUAUUAUUUGAUGAAGAUACAUUUGAAUCAUUCUUUUGCAAAAACAAUUAGGAAUCAUUUCAUCACUUUAGUUAGAAAUAUUUUAGCUUUAAAAAGUGUGAAAUAAGUUGUUUUACAGUGCAUAUGUAAUUGUUAAUACAUAUGUAAUUGUUAAUACAUGUGGUACGGAAAACUGCAUAUGAUGACAGAAUAGCACAUAUGAAAAUAGUCACUUGAUUUGUUGAUUUUAAAUUGUUUUAAUUUUUAAACCAUAUAAAGAUACAUAUGUAGUUGUUAUCACAUGUAAAGAUACAUAUGUAGCUGUUAUUGCAUGUAAAGAUACAUAUGUAGAUGUUAUCACAUGUAAAGAUACAUAUGUAGUUGUUAUCACAUGUAAAGAUACAUAUGUAGCUGUUAUUGCAUGUGAAGAUACAUACUUAAUGUUAAGAUACAGAUACAGAUGUAGCUGUUAACACAUGUAAAGAUACAGAUGUAGCUGUAAACACAUGUUAAGAUACAUAUGUAGCUGUUAACACAGUAAUAAUGCACACACUUUGUUAAUCUAACUCAGUAAUAACAUGUUCCUUUAUGAUUGUUAAUUUAUACCUAGUCGUUUUAUCUCUACAAUACAAUAGAGAAUAAAGGUGCUGAUGAUACACAUUUGUUUUGGUGUGGUCCAAAUAUUGUUGUUGUGUGAGUGAAUGUGUAUGUAAGUGAUCAGUUUGUGUUUAAAUGUGUAUAUGUUUCAUUGAUUGGUCAGAACUGAGAUACUUUGAACAUAUUUUUAUCAAUAUAAAAACAGUUUUUAGAAAUUGAAAUCAUUAGUGUAUGGGUUUUUAUUUUGAAAUUGAACAAGCAUUAGUGUAUGGGUUUUUAUUUCGAAAUUGAACAAGCAUUAGUGUAUGGGUUUUUAUUUUGAAAUUAAACAAGCAUUAGUGUAUGGGUUUUUAUUUUGUGGUUCAUCAAUAAUUUUCUAAAUAGUUCUGAUAGUAAAUAAAGUACACAUGGCUAGUUGCAAGGAAAAAUAUAUAUUGUGGAGCAUUUGAAUUAUAAAAGUGCUAGUCGUUUAAAGAACCAUUCAGUGCUUAACAAGAAUGAUGAAUUGACUUGAGUAUGAUGAGAAACGUGCAUUGGUAAAGGUAUCAUUAGAAUAUCUUAUAAUAUAAAUGCCAAAUAGUAGAAUUAAUUUCCAUUAACUUAUCAAAUCACUUCAUUUUACAGUAAAUGUAAUUAAUUAUCUCCCUUUUUAAAAUUUUACAAAUUAUCUCCCUUUUUAAUAUUUUACAAACUACUUCCUACUGGUUCUUUAUAAAUAUUACUUCAUUAAUUUUACCUGAUUAUGCAUGUUUAAUACAGCUACAUUAUUGCAGAUUAUAGGAAAAGUUUUGUAGAUUGUGACGGAUUUCUAAUCUGUGAAAUGAUAUUUAAUGUUCAAAUAUCCUGAAAUUUAACACAAUGCAUGUAAGUAGUAAUAAAUUUAAUUUAGUUUAAUUAGGUUGAUGAUUAGACAGUCUCGUGCAGCCAGGGGAAAUUCAGUAAGUAAUUCUCCCACUCAUAAAGAUGUGGAUUUUUUAUUUCAUGUUUCCAAGGCCUUAUAAGGAAGGAUUGUUGUAAAAGUUAUUAACAUGAAUAAAAUGAAGAAAUAAUUGGUUCAUUUUAUUUUGAAAAAAAUUGGAAAAUGAAUAUUGUAAUUUUAUCACAUUUGCCAGACAAAGUCUAUCUGUGUUCAUGUGAAUCAAACUACGGUUUUCAAUACAGUUCCCAUUAUUCAUACUGAACAGUUUGAAAACUUUCUAUAUUAUUAGCUGGUUUUUUUUCUCGUCAUAUGUUACAUUUGUCAAUACAAUGGUGCCAUGUAAAGGUUUCAAUGCAAAUAAGUUGUCAGUUUUCCUGAUUUUGUUAUUUUGAUUUAUAAUUAUGUGAAGUAAUGUCAUGUUUAUUUUUAUUUUUUUUAAUUUCAUGGUAAUUUUGUUAUGAAUAAAUCUCUGAUAAACUGUAACCAUAACAUACUGCUAAACUUGAUUUGAAUUUCAUUGGUUUAGGCAUUAUUUUUAAGAAUUCUGCUCCAUUGAAUUUAGGAGGAAUUUGUAAUAGGCAAUAGUUUUAAGAAUUCUGCUCCAUUGAAUUUAGGAGGAAUUUGUAGUAGGCAAUAAUUUUAAGAAUUCUGCUCCAUGUCAGAAUUGAGGUGGAAUUUGAAGUAGGCAAUAGUUUUAUGAAACGUGCUCCAUUGAAUUUAGGAGAAAUUUGAAGUAGGCAAUAGUUUUAUGAAAUCUUCUCCAUUGAAUUUAGGAGGAAUUUGAACAGAUUGAAACUCGUGCUGCAGGCCAGAUGAAUGGAGGAACUAGUAACUUUAAACAAUAGUUCACACUUUCCUGUAAUUCAAUGGAAUGUAUAUUAUCAAUUUAUCAUUUCUAGAUUAGUCACAGAAAAUUUACACAAAUCAAAAUAUAGUUAAUAAAAUAUCAUUAUAUAAAAGUACCAUGUUACACAUAUCAAUGCAAAUUUAAAUUAUUUAUCAUUGGACAGUCGGGUUAGUUAUGGUAUGCGUAGUAAAUAAAAUAUUCAUUUAUUGUUAUGCUUAAAAUAAUGUUUAAUAAGGGUUAAAUUUUGUCUAGGCAGAACUAAUUAUAUAUUAUAGAGGAGGAUGAAUGACACAGUGUUAAGGGUUGUAGCUGUUAUAAUGUAUUAUUUAGGAAGAAGCAAAAUUCUUUUAAUUAGGAGAUAACUGUAUUGUAUUUUAAGCUCCGACGGCAUCAAUUGGUGAUUUGAAGGUCACAAAUUAAGUUUACUGGUGACACGUUAGCAGAGCCAGUAAACGAGUAUUUGCGACCAUCAAAUCACCAAUUGAAGCUGUCAGAGCUUUAAAUACAAUAUAUUUAUCUCCAUCCUAAUGAAACUGACAGAAAACAACGUCAAAUCAUACAUUUAAAAUCUGGCAUAUUGUCAUCUGCGCUUGCGCGUACGUUUUCAUAGUAUCAAUUGUGAAUUGAUGCCAUGAAAAUUGGUGAUGUAUCCAAUCAAAAUGAACUUUACAAACGAUGUUGCAUUAGAAUGUUAGUUUGUACGACUGAAAUAUAAGUAGGGUAUAUGAGGUUAUUUUCCCUUCGGUUUUGUUCACAGCUAUUGUCUUUAAAGGGUCAGUUAAAUUUUCGCUAUGUUCAUUGUUCGUAAUCAAUUGCCUUGUACAAUGCAUUUUUAAAUGGACAGGGAAUUGUUUGUGUAGGGUAAAUGUGGCAUUACGGUGGUACCAAACACAUUGACCAAAAUUAAUUUGGUUCGUUUAAUUUUCAUAAAAUUUUGACAAAAUAUUUACUUUGACCCUUUGACAAAAAUAUAAAAAUUUCAAAAUAAUUGAACCACACACUUUAUUGGAAAAAUUUCAUUGGAUAUAUAGUAGUUUGACAAACACUAAUUUUAAUCAUUGAGAAGCUUAAUAUUUCCUUAACAAUAAACUUGAUUAAUACAUUCAGAUGAUUUUUACAGAGUUAUCUCCUUGUAGUGUUAUGUACCACCUUAAAUGGACAGUGAAAUGUUUUUGUAGGGUAAUUGUGGCAUUAAAAUGAAUACUGAGAACAUAGCUAAAUUUUCUGAUCUAUGGUUUUGAAGGAACAAUAAUUGUCUUCAAAGAUUUAAAGCAAUAAAAAAUGAGAAGUAUAAAGAUUAAUAAUAUAGUUUAGUCAAAGUUUAAUUACAAUACAUUGUGCCAUACUAAAUACAGAAAUAGCAAUAUUCAUGUGAAUUAACAAAAUAUAAAUAUUGGCACCAGAUAUAAUUUAAUCAAAUCACUAAAAUUAGGAUUUGUGCCAGUUUGCUAUGCGAUAAUAUAAAUUUUCCAACAUCAUUUUUUCUAAAUAUUCAAUAUUUUUUUUACUUUGGAAGAAUUGUGUGUAUAAUAUUUAGACAAUAGAAUAAUAUUUACGCAAUUAGGAAUGAAUAAAAAUAUUGGUUGCAGUAUAAUUUUUAAGCAGUAUUUUACAGAUAUAUAAAUCUGUGUAAGCUUUGCUGAAAGGAGAAAUUGUCAACAACCAGAACAAUAUCAACUAUUCUUAUUUGACAAUUUAAAACAUUUACCAUGUUGAAACUGUUGUAGAUAAAGUCAGUAUAAUUUGCCACAGGUCUCUGAUAAAUAGAUAAGUGGACAUUUUUUAAAUGAAUG